UUUACGGAUAUUGCAUUUUAGUAUUUGAUUUGCUUCGUAGAGUAACAGAUAUCCGGAUUUUUCGGUUCAAAUCAAAAUAGAUAACGAAUCGAAUCAAAAUUUAUGAAUAAUUUGUCCAGCUCUAUUCGUAAACAAUAAAAUUAACGUAUAAAAAAUCAUGCAUGUGAGUUUUAUAUUAAAAAAACGUAAAAUACAUAGUGUGAGUAGAGUUUUGUUGAGAAACUUCUACAUGUGACAUGUGUUCAUUUUAGUGUGAACACAUUUAUUACAAUGAUUCUACAUGUGUCCAGUUUAGUGUGAACGCAUUUAUUACAAUGUUUCUCCUUUAAUAUAUAAGAGAUUAAUUGAUACACUAUUAAUUAACUAGUGGUUUUAAAAUAUGUUCAUAGACAAAUAUAUAAUAUACACAUGUCUAAAAAUGAGAAUACCAAAUUAAUGAUUAUAUAAAAUAUCAGAUUUUCUUACUUUGUGUUAAAGAUUUACAAUAUAUGAAUCCAAAAGGUAAUACAGUCUAAAUAAAAUUUAACAGAAAAAAUCUACCUAAAAUACAUUAGCAUCUCAAAUACGUUUUAAAUGUCCAAAUCUCUGUACUUGUCCACGUAUUUAAGUUGGAGAUUAUAUACUCAAUUUGUCUAACAUAUUAGUGUAAUUCAUAACAUUAACAGUAUCUUGUACAUAUAAUUUUGAUUUCUUUUCUUUUGGGGAAAACAAUUUACCUAUAGUUGAUUUUAAAAGUUCAUUUCCAAAAUGAUACGUGUCACAUAACUACAUAAUAUAGAGAUAAUAGCUAGAAAACGUGUUACAACAAAAAAGUAACUUUUAAUUCAUUUUACUAUUUUCCCUCAUCAUGCCAGCGUUAUAUAGGUUCUUAUAAAUAAGAAGAAAAGACGAGACCAUCUUUUCAUAACUUUUAAAAUCUUCAGAACGAAUAUUGAUAGAGAGAAAAAAAAAUGGUGAGACCACGACUGCUUGUAGUGUCGAUGUCGCUUCCGGUUACUGCAAAGAGGACCGGAGAAGAAGCUUGGUCUUUCACCAUGAGUCCUGGUGGUCUAGUUAGUGCUCUUCUAGGUUUGAAAGAGUUUGAGACCAAAUGGAUUGGCUGGCCUGGAGUCGAUGUUCAUGAUGCGGUUGGAAAAAAGGCACUCUCCAUUGCUCUAGCUGAAAAGGGGUGUAUUCCGGUGUUUCUGGAGGAAGUUUGUGAUCAAUACUAUAAUGGCUAUUGCAACAAUAUCCUGUGGCCGAUUUUUCACUACUUGGGAACCCCACCAGAAUAUCGUAACGAUGGAACCAUAACAUACCAGUCACAGUAUGAUGCAUACAAGAAAGCAAAUCGUAUUUUCUUUGAUGUGGUAAACGAGCAUUAUCAAGAAGGAGAUGUGGUUUGGUGCCAUGAUUACCAUGUUAUGCUUCUUCCUCAAUAUCUAAAAGAAUACAACAGUAAGAUGAAAGUUGGAUGGUUUCUCCAUACGCCAUUCCCUUCCUCCGAGAUGUACAAAACCUUGCCCUCAAGAUCAGAACUGCUUCGUUCUGUUCUUACUGCUGAUUUAGUCGGUUUCCAUACGUAUGAUUUUGCAAGACAUUUCGUGAAUGCAUGCAUGUGUAUUCUUGGAACCGAAGCAACAUCUGAAGGAGUUGUGGAUCAGGGCAAAUUCACUUCUGUAGAAGUUUUUCCCAUUGGGAUAGAGCCUGAGAGGUUCAUAAACACAAGUAAACUCUCUGAGGUCACAGAAUACAUGAAGAAGUUCAAAUCAGAUUUUGGGGGAAGAAAGUUGAUACUAGGUGUUGAUCGUCUCGACACGAUCAAAGGGAUACCGCAUAAGUAUCAGGCAUUUGAGAAGUUUCUUGAGGAAAAUGAAGAUUGGCGUGGUAAAGUUUUGUUACUUCAGAUUGCAGUGCCAACAAGGAAUGGUAUUGGUGAAUAUCAAAAGAUCAAAGACCAAUGUCAUGGAGUUGUUGGACGUAUUAAUGGUCGUUUUGGUUCUAUCUCUUCCGUUCCAAUAAUUCACCUGGAUUGUUCUAUUCACUUUCAUCAACUAUGCGCACUUUACGCCAUCACAGAUGUAUUACUUGUAACAUCUUUGAGAGAUGGAAUGAACCUUGUGAGUUCUGAGUUUGUUGCCUGCCAAAAAGGGGAAAAAGGAGUUCUCGUUCUAAGCGAGUUUGCAGGUGCUGGUCAGUCACUUGGUGCUGGAGCUCUUCUUGUGAAUCCUUGGAACAUUAAAGAAGUUUCUAAUGCCAUUGGAGAAGCUCUAAUCAUGUCACCCGAAGAAAAGGAGAAAAAACAUCAAAUCAAUUUUCAGUAUGUGAAAACACACUCUACUCAACAGUGGGCAGAUGAUUUCAUGAAUAAACUAAACGAGGUUACAAGUAAAGCGGAGCUAGAAACUGGAAAAGCCCCACAUGAACUUCCACAACAUGAUGUGGUUCAACAAUAUUCAAAGUCUAAGAAUAGGCUGCUAAUUCUUGGCUUUUAUGGAACACUUACUAAGCCAAACAAAAACCAAGAGAGAAAAGACGAAGGAAUGAAUCUUGAACUUCACCCACAGCUAAAAGAAAGGCUAAAAGGAUUAUGCAGUGAUCCCAAAACAACAGUAGUUGUCCUGAGUAGAAGUGAAAAAAGCGUAUUGGAUCAAAACUUUGGAGAGCAUGAUAUGUGGUUAGCCGCGGAAAACGGAAUGUUUCUAAGGCAUACAGCUGGGGAGUGGGUGACGAAAAUGCCAGAAAACAUGAACUUGGAAUGGAUUGAUGGUGUCAAGAUGCUGAAUUUGGGAGAGCUCAAGCAAAAGAUAUGUUGCAACACUUGUGGGCUGGACCAACCUCUAAUGCAUCAGUGGAUGUUGUCCAAGGACGUUACUCUGUUGAAGUCCAUUCGGUUGGUGUAACAAAGGGAAGUGCAAUGGAGCGUAUCCUCGGAGAAAUAGUACUGCAAAAUAAGUCGAUAACCACACCAAUUGAUUAUGUCUUAUGCAUUGGUAAUUUCUUGGGGAAGGAUGAGGAUGUUUACACCUUCUUCGAGCCCGAGUUAACCAAGAAAACCAUGUCUUCUCCUUAUUAUGGUAGUGGCCCCCUCAAGAAGGUGUCAUCGACCCUUGUUGACGUAAAGGGAGACAACUACUUCUCUGUGGCUAUUGGGAACACGCACACAAAGGCUAGCUAUUUCCUUGACUCAUCUGAUGAUGUUGUGCAGUUGAUCCACAAGCUUUGCACACACAAUAAUCCUUGACUCAUCAUCAUAUGGUGCCCUGAUGAUCCUCUUAGAAUUUCUUUUUUGGCUAAAUGGCACUAUUAAAGACUUUUAUUUACUAGUCUUUACCUUUGCAAAACUCAUUAUUGUUCUCUGCUUUUCAGUUUCUCACAUUGUCUCUUUGACUCGUUUACUA